UGACCAUUCUGUUGUAGGCUAGUCCACCACCACACCCAUUUCCCAACUCCACCAAACUCUUUCUCUCACACACGCACUUCUCUCUCCAGCACUCAGCUUUGACAGCCCGCUCCAUACACCAGUAGCUCCGGGAAUGGGAUCAUCAUUAGUGAGUGCGAAGAAAAACUUCCAGUUCUUCCGAUUCUACGCUCUCCAAAGACUACUCUUCAAACUGCGGGGAUAGCUUCGAGAUAAAGCGAUAGCGUCUGGCAGAAAUAGAUAUUACAGGCGUUACAAGUUGAUGAAAGGAGAGGUAACUUUACGCACUGUGGAAACACAAAGCGAAGUGGGUCAAGCGACAAAUGGGGUGAAGUUUGGACUUUAAAUUAUAUGAGAACAUUUACUACUGAAUUUAUGGGGCAGAAAAAAAUUGUAAUAAUUUUUUUGAAAGACAUUAACAUCACAAAGGGGGUAAUUCGGAUAAGAUAUCAGGCGCGCGGCGCGUAAACGUAGGCCUAUGUGUUUGUGGAUGAAUGUGCUUGGCAAGUUUUAUGUAGGCUAACCAACUAUUCUCUGUGACUCGAUUGCGGAUGAUUAAUAAACAUUAAGACUAAGUAGGCCUAAGUGAGUGUGUUUUGAGCCAAAGCUAGAAACCAAAAAACUGCCACUGAUCGUAACCAGCAAUGGCAAAGUGGUUUAGUUCCGCCAUCAAUCUGAAGAACGGGACCGAACGGGUCCGCUCUGCUUCGGAGUCCGGCACUCAACCCCGAACCAGACACGGGUUAACACCGGGGACCAGUCUGAAGGGGAACCGGGUCAAGGAAAGUGCUGGAGGGAUGGGCUCUAUACUGACCGGAAGAAACCGGAAAAACUCGGCCAUCGAACUGGGUCGGAACGGCUCGGGUACUGCCGGGAACUCGUUUAAGGACGGUAAGAUCUGGGACAGUCUCAUCCCUGGGAAGAGUAGGAAGAAUUCCAAGCUCGAGGUGGGGACAUCUGAGGAGCAUCGGCCCACCAGGACAUCCAGUUUGGCGCAUGCGUGCAUCAGCAGGAUGAUCAAAGUGGACAAACAGGACAAGGGUCCCAAACAUAGCGGUACAGGUGAACAGGUGGGAUCCGAAAACGAGAGGGGGAAGUUGGACAUCAAAACAACGAUGCUGAUUAUUCUGGAGGACUAUGCUGACCCGUUUGAUGCAGAGAAAACGAGAGAGCAGAGGGAGGCGGAGAGGGAGGGAGAGAACGAUGGAUACAUGGAGCCCUAUGACGCCCAGGUUAUCAUCACAGGUAUUCGUAGGCGGGGCUCCAAGGACCUGCUGAAGGUGUGUGUGCUGCUUCCAAAGGGAGAUGGAGAAGGGGGCAAGCCCGCACCCCCCCACAUCUACGACACUCCCUACGAGGGGCUGCUGGAGACAGAUGGGGAGGCAGGAGGGGUGUGGAUCCCUGUGACACGGCCGGAGUCAGACCCUCGCCCCCCUGGAGAGUAUGAACUACCCUGGGAGUGGAGGAAGGAGGACAUUGUCAGAGCACUGACAGCCCAGUUUAAGAAGGGAAUGAGCAGUUUGCCCCCUAAAGAGGAACCUCCUCCACCCAUCAGACAGCAGACUCUCAGUCAUCAGCAGACCCUCAGACAGAAGACCUGGAACAAGAAAGUCCUCGUCCCCUCUCCCUCCUCCCCUACUUCCCCCAUUCUCAAACUCUCUCCUCCCUCACCACUCUCUCAUUCCUCUCCCCCCUCUCCCACCUCUCACUCUUUUCCCACUCCCAAACUUUCCCCAUCCUCUUCUCCUCCCUCCACCACCUCCACACCCAACGCAGAGACAGCCAAAGUGGACCCCACCCUGCCCCUGGAGAAACAGAGCUGGUACCAUGGCAGUGUGAGUCGCCAGCAGGCAGAGGCUCAGCUCCAGCGCUGCAGGGAUGCCAGCUUCCUGGUUAGAGACAGCGAAUCAGGGACCAGCAAAUACUCUAUCGCGCUCAAGACCAGUCAGUGUUGUGUCCAUAUCAUCGUGGCCCAGACUAAAGGCAGUAAGGGUCUGGGUUAUACUCUGGACCAGAGUAGCUGUGUGUUCAACAGUAUACCAGAGGUGGUGCAUCACUACUGUACACACAGACUGCCCUUCACUGGAGCUGAACACAUGACCCUGCAACACCCUGUCUCCAGGCCACACUGAACACACACUGAACACACACACACACCACUGCAAAGGAGUAGCAGGUCUCACCCAAACAGCCUGAGAGGUACAGUAUCAUCUUGAGUUUCUCCAAUGCACAGCCUAGUGGUCAAACCCUCACACUGCGUAGCACAGAGAAUGUUUCAGGAGGGAAUAAUGUUCUGUACUAUGUAUUAUGUCAUGUCUCAUAUGGGCCACGGAAAGAGUGGCUGAUGCUUUUGCAGCGGCUAAUGGGGAACCUGAUAAAUACCAAAUGCCAAAUGUUCAGCUAGUUAGCCUAAGUACCUGUAUGUGUAGUGUGCUCUGGGUAAUAUUAGGCCUCAUUGAUUUGAUAGCUGUCUGUAGGCAGCUAUCAUCAUCAGACACAUACAGUAUGGUGCCUAUUAGACAGAAGUAUGAUCUGUUUUUGAUGUGAAUGUAUUUGCACAUGUGAUGGUUUCUGCAAUGACCCAGGCUUGUUACUGUAAUAUCCCAGCCUUGUUACUGUAAUAUCCCAGGCUUGUUACUGUAAUAGCCCAGGCUUGUUACUGUAAUAUCCAAGGCUUGUUACUGUAAUAGCCCAGGCUUGUUACUGUAAUAUCCCAGGCUUGUUACUGAAAUAACCCAGUCUUGUUACUGUAAUAGCCAUGGAGCCAAAACUUGGAAUUGUAAUAUCCCCGGCUUGUUAAUGUAAUAACCCAGUCUUGUUACUGUAAAAACCCGGGCUUGUUACUGUAAUAACCCAAGAUCUUUACUGUAAUAACCCAGUCUUGUUACUGUAAUAACCCAGGCUUGUUACUGUAAUGACCCAGUCUUGUUACUGUAAUAACCCGGGCUUGUUACUGUAAUAACCCAGUCUUGUUACUGUAAUAACCUGGGCUUGUUACUGUAAUAACCCAGGCUUGUUACUGAAAUAACCCAGGCUUGUUACUGUAAUAACCCAGGAUCUUUACUGCAAUAACCCAGUCUUGUUACUGUAAUAACCCAGGCUUGUUACUGUAAUAACCAAGGGUGUUACUGUAAUAACCCAGACUUGUUGUACAAUUCAUGAAAUACUGUAAUGUUGCCUGGAAUAAAGUGAAUGUGCAUUUA